GCUCAGGCUCCGCUCCCCCGGUCCCGUAGUACAUCCGUGUGAAGCUGAGAUAACUGGCCGCUCCGGCCCGAGCAAUAUGAACAUCUGCCAGAGCCGCGCAGGUCCCUGCGAGUGAGGCGGCGAGGCGACGCGACGCGACGAACAGCGGCGCAACGGUGUCGGGGGGGGUGAAGGUUCAGCCUGUGGGCAGGAUGGGAGGAGGCUGUGUGAAGAGAAGCAGGCCCCGCUAAGACCCCAGCCCGCCCACCCCCGGCCCCAGCCAUGGCCAACCACCUGGAGCUUCUCGGUGAGCUGCAGCAGCUGGAGAAGGUGCCCAGUCUGGAGCGGCUGCGGGCGGCGCAGAAGCGACGGGCUCAGCAGCUGAAGCGAUGGGCGCUCUACGAGAAGGAGAUGCAGAGCAAGAAGCGGCGGGCGGACAAGCGGCGUCCUGCCGCCGCCUCCGCCGGGGCCUGCAGACGGGUCUGCUUUGCCGCCAGCGUGGCCCUCCUGGAGGCCUCCGCCCGGAACGACGCCGACGACGUCCGAUGCCUGCUGAAGGACAGCGUCAGCCCGGACCUCUGCAACGAGGAUGGACUCACCGCCCUGCACCAGUGCUGUAUCGACAACUACGAAGACAUGGUGAAGAUCCUUCUAGCUCACGGCGCAUCCGUCAACGCGCAGGACAAUGAGCUAUGGACGCCCUUGCACGCUGCAGCCACCUGCGGCCACGCCGGCCUGGUCAAGAUUCUCAUCCAACACGGGGCAGACCUGCUGGCCGUGAACUCUGAUGGCAACAUGCCCUACGAUCUCUGCGAAGACGACCCCACCCUGGACAUCAUAGAGACGGCCAUGGCUAACCGUGGGAUCACGCAGGAGAUGAUCAAUGAGACUCGGGCAUCCGUGGAAAGGAGAAUGCUUGGAGAUAUCCAGGACCUGCUCCGGGACGGCGUGGAUGUCAACCAGCAGGACUCUCAGGGAGCCACACUGCUCCACAUUGCAGCAGCCAACGGCUACAUCCAGGCUGCAGAGCUGCUGCUGGAGGGGGGGGCCCAGAUGGAUCUGCGCGACUGUGAUGGCUGGCAGCCGCUCCACGCCGCCACCUGCUGGGGACAGAUGCAGAUGGCGGAGUUACUGGUCUCCCACGGAUCCAGCCUCGGUGCCAAGACCCACUUUGACGAGACCCCAAUAGAUUUGUGUGAGGAUGAGGAGUUCCGUGCCAUGCUGCUAGACCUCAAACACAAGCACGACAUCAUCAUGAAGUCGGAGCUCAAGCAGAAGACCUCGCUGUGCCGCCGCACCUCCAGCGCAGGAAGCCGUGGCAAGGUUGUAAGGAGGGCGAGCCUUUCGGACAGGAAUAACCUUUACCGCAAGGAAUAUGAGACGGAAGCCAUCGUUUGGAGAGGUGGGCGGGAUGAGGAGGAACGGGAGCGGGAAUCGGACCAGGAGAACAGUCAGCCGGUCAGAGCUGAGGAGACGACUCCAAAGGACGGCGGGAAGCCCAACGGUUCCGUCUCCACGGCGACGGUGGCUCCAUCCCCUCCGCCCUGCAACGGCGAGCCGUCGGCAGCAGAGCCUCAGAGUCCGGCACCUCCGCAGCCACCCGAGGGGGCCUGGCCCAGGGAGCGCGGCCAGACGCUUGCGGAGCUCAAGAGGCAAAGGGCCGCGGCCAAGUUGCUAAGUUACCCGCUGCUGAAUGGCUACCUGGGUAAUGGCUCUGCGGGGCUCCUGGAGGCCAAGCCGGGCCCCGAGGAUUCCCGCGUUUCCCUGGCGUCCCCCAAUGGCAGCGCGGUCUUCUUCACACCUACCAGCGGAGACCCACCCCUGCUCAGAUUCAAGCAGCCAAUCCAGGAGCCGGAGCCCAAGGCCAAUGGGUGCUGCUGCAUCUCGUAACGGGCGGGGCCGAGGGCGCGGCACCGCGGACAGGCCAGGGACGUGGCGACCUGCCCGUCUGCAGCUUGGGGAGGCCCCUCCCUGCAGAAUCGCUCCCUGCCGGGAUGAAUGGAAAGAGCCAUUCGCGUGAGGGAGUGGGGUUUGGUUUCCUGUGGGGAGGGGGAGGGGUCUAGCAGUUGCAGGAAGUGUAAAUUACAGGUGGCCAUUGUUCCACGUACUCUCCACAGGAGCUUCAGAGCCCCUAACUAGCCUAGAGAAGAGGGCGUGUCCUUUUUUUCUGGCAGCCCCAAGCCCUCGGGCUUUUAUUUUUGUACCAGGCCGACCCAUGCUGUUUUCAAACAGACCUGUUUGCACGGUAAAUCUAAGACAAACACAGAAGCAGGGAGGGAGGGCGUGCAGGGCGCAGUGACAGACGCCAGGACGAUUAGGACACUAUGUUUACGGAGUGCGUGUGUCUGCCGAAGGCCUGUGGCAAAGCAAGCGGAUGGAAGUUUUCUAUUUUUUGUCUUUAUUUUUCUUAGGAGAUAUUUGCUCUUGUGGAAGUACGUGCUCUGUGUCUGGGGAAGGAGCUUUAAGCAGCUUUAGUCUCACGGCAUGCGAGUUUUUUUUUUUUUUUUUUGCCGAGGAGAUUGUGUAAAUAAACGAAAUUGCGAAGCACUGAAUCGUCGCGUGAGCGAGUUCUGUUACACGGCUGGACUUUUUACACAUUUCACGGUGGCUAUUUUUUUUUUUUUUUUUUUUACGUGUGACGCCAGGUUUAAAACGACUACAGGUUAUUCGGGGAGUGGAGUGGAUUGUAUUGUAGUAGUAAGAAAACAUCAGGUUUAUUUCAGCGUCCUAUAUUACAGAAUAUCAGGUAGCACCUUUUAUUACUGCAGAAAAAGAAGGAAAAAAACUGUUGUGUUUGUAUAGUGUUAUUUAUGAACUUGUGUUAUGUACAGAGGCUACUGUCCAGUGUAACUGGAAAAGGGUCCAAAGCCAGUUUGUUAUUUAUUGUUUGUUCUUAUCUGUCAAGCAAAUUGCCUGGUCUGUUUCUAGAGGAAGUAUGAGACUGUCACGGAAGAAGCAGAGACCUUGGGUGACCGUGAUUGUGUUCGUAACACGACGCUAAUGCGUUUCCCCAGGUGAGAUGAGCUGUGGCUUGGACGCCUUGCACCUCUGAGUCACGCUUUGUCAUGUAGAUGGCAGAUAAAUUCUCCAUCCCACCCAUGCUAGUCGCUCUACAAUUCCACUCUCUUUCACAGAGCUGGAGGUGUAGCUAAAGGUGACAGAUAAUCGUCUCUGUAACUCACCUCCUUUGCAUUUAAAGUGACAUUCUAGAAUAUUCUUGGGCAUGGUUCUAUAGUUAAAUGCACCCAGCUGUGGGAAGCUCAGAAAGCUUUUGCCGAAAUAAUAGACAAUCCACUAUGUGCCCCCCCCCCCCCAGCAUAUCCAUUUUUUCUUUAAAUCUACGUUUGAAAGAGGAUCCUUUUAAUGGACAGUCUUAUCCCUUCGUGUUCUGCGUUAACAAUCUCAGACCCGUGCACCCAUGUCCCCAUAGUCCCAGUGCAGCCUCCCACCCCCAGGCUGCCAAAUGUGAACUACAGGCACGAUUGCCAGUCUUCCUGUGGGCAAGAGUAUGUGCUGGGGGAAGAGCCCGCCUUUGACACUGGCAGGAGGCGUCCAGUUCUGUCCCAUGUCUUUUUGCACUUUGCACAUCCCCACUCUAUCGCGUGUCAAAGCCGAGUACGUCUGUAUACCUGUGUCCUCUCGUCGUCCUCAAAUGAGAUUCUGUACUUAAUGUUGUUGAUAUCAUGAUGGAGACGACGAUGUCUUGCUCUAACUUUUUUUUUUCCCCCCCUUUGGUCACGUGCACAACUGUCAAAGUAUUAGAAUUAAAUAUAGAGAUACUGUGUAGAUGAUAAUGGGCUUUUUUUCAGUGGAUAAGAUUGCACUGGUUCCCAUGGUUACAGUACCGUGUAUGUAUUUCGUAAUUAUGGUCUAAAGUUCUAUCAAAGGAAGAGUGAAUACAGCCCAGAGCUUCUGGGCUCCUCUGACUCGUAGUAGCACCAUGUAUCGUGUACCCUGAUUGUGACCCAUGGAAACAAAGGUUAGAAGUCCAGUCUUAUUAGAAUUAGGGGAAACUGUUACAUGGUUUCGGGGCAUCACCGCCUUGAGUCAAUUCUCCCACUGUAACCUUGGCCUGUUUACGUUUAUUGAAGGAUUCAGUAUCGACGGACGAAUUCCUGACUACUGAAAAUGAAUAUGUUUUCUCAUUGUGUAUUACGGCUUGUAUUCUUAAAAAAAUAAUUUAAAAAGAACUACUGAUUUUGUAAUUAUCAGAAAAUACUGAAAGAUACUGGUUGUAUUAACCUAUUUUGAAUAAAUUGUAUAUUUUGCUCAA